AUGGCAAAUAGCGACAACAAUAUGGCGGCCACAGUUGACGGUGUGGGUACAGCGAAAAGAAGAGGGCCUGAAAGAGACGAAGCCCAAGAUGAAUCAUCCGACAGGUAGGUUAAAAAUUUCUAUGGACACUUUCAUGUUCGUUUGGGAAUUAUUUUCGACAAUUCGUUCCUUUUUUUGCCAAUUUAGCUCCGUAUCAAAUCCAGAUGUCAGCCGCCAUGUUUCCAACGAUAAAAAAACGUCUGAUUAUGGACAAGAUCAUAAGAAGAAGAAGAAAAAGCAUAAACACAAGCAUAAAAGUCACAAACACAAGCACAAACGUCAUAAGAGGAAAGACAAGGAAGAUGCGAAUGAAAACGGGGAGCCCUCGGAGAAAAAGUCAAAGAUUGCGGACGAACUUCUGGAACUUGAAAGAAGAAAGGCUUUUCUGCAAGAACAGUUAGCGGAAGCGGCACGAAGCAGUGAUCAGCACUCACUCGAAGAUGAUAAGCUCCACGGAAGUAAAAGUGAGGAUUAUUUUAAGGAUAAACUGAAAGAAAAAUCGAGACACGAUAAUGCACGCGACAGGGACAGGAAACACAAGUCGUCAGACUCGAAGUAUAAAAUUUCUGAUGGCAAGCUUAGUCUCAAGGAUGAAAAUGAGAAAGGAAGGCAGCAAAGUCCAUCAAGAAAUAAAGAACGAAAGGAGGAUAGUAAAGGGAACAGAAAACCAAGCAUUGAUUCCCAGAGGGAAGACAAAGUGCGUGAACAUUCUCAUCGUUCUAGGGGACAUAGUAGUAACUCUCAUGAAACCAGCAGAGCUGAAGUGAAACUUAGGCAUGAAUCAAGUUCAAAGACUAACAUUGAAAAGGAGAAAACACUUCUCCAAGAGAAAGGUUCAUCCAAGGUUGAAACAAGCAGAAAUGAGAGUGCUAGAAAGUCAAAGUCACCCAAGCCGCAUUCAAGAUCUAAAUCACCAAGAAAAGAUCGGCUUUCUGACAAACCAAAAGAGAUAUCAAGAGAGGCAAGGAGUCGAUCACCUAGGAGAGCUUCUUCAAAGGAAAAGCAAAGGAGAGAUGAAGGUGGUAGAAGAAGCAGUAGAUCUCCAAAAAGGGACAGAAGGUCAUCUUCAAGAUCAAGAAGACGGAGUAAAUCACCAAGACGGAGAAGCCGAUCACCAAGGCGUCGCAGUCGUUCUCCAAGAAGGAGGAGUAAAUCUCCAAGGCGGCACAGUAGAUCUAGAUCACCACGGCGACGGCGAAAUAGUGAUAAGUAUAAGGAUAGCUACUCUGAAGGACAAGCGCAUAAAGGAGACUCAGAUGGAGAGUAAGUUUUUUUUAUUAUCAUCCUUAUUUCAGCUGCAGAAAAUAUGGAAAAAAGUCACAGAGCAGCGGGCAAAGAAAGUUGUGUUCGAUAGCCGGGAGCUAGUGCAUUUUGCAAUCGGGCUAGCGAAUCCUGUUGAAGUUUUUGGGGAAAUUCAAAUUACAGACGAACUGUAGUCAAUGCUGCUCAUCAAAACAUUUUUGGGCUACUUAAAAGACUCUUGGGCCAGUACAUACUAGCAACAACUUGCCCUAAUGGCAAGCCGUAAAACUGACUUUCUUUGCACUGUGCACAAGUUUGUUAGGAGUAGAGUUUUUGAAAGCACUAAAGAUUGAUCUUAUUUACACAACAAAACAAGAUCAAGGUUUGUGGGGACAAUUUCUUAACCGUAGAAUGCGAGUAAGGUCCAUUACAGUGUACCAUUUGAGUAGAGUGCAUUAAGAAACUUUGUUUACUGAGCAAAGCAAAGGACAUUUCAUUAUAAGUAAAGAAAAAAAAGUUAUUAUCUUUUUGCAUUUAAGGGAAAAGUCUAUCUGAUAAAUACAUUUGGCAUACUGUUUAAUAUAAAAUUUGCUGGUGUUGCAUUUCAGUGUUGACUUAUAUAACUUUCAAAUGGAUGAGGAAGAGGAAGAAGACGAAGAUGCAAUAAUUGAGAAAAGAAGGCUUCAGAGGUUAGCCAUACUACAAAAAUACCAAGGUACCGCAUCAAAUGCCCCUUCAACAGUCAACUCAGUUGUGUCGCAGUCACCUCCUGAUGAGAGUUCUGAUAGUGAGGACAGUGAUACAGUGGAGAAGCUUGCUACUGAGGACUUGGAAAAGGAAAUUGCAUUAGCUAGUAGUCACACAAAGGAAGAACUGAAGGAUGGUAAAAAGGACAAUGACUCAAGUUCUGACAGUCAAGCAGAUAGUCAGAAAAAAUCGGCUGUUGGUGACAUGUUUGCGGAUGAUGACAUGUUUUCUGAGAAUUACAAUGUAAGUGUUGUUUAGGAGACUGCUUUUUAUUAAGUUUUUGUAACUUUAUGUUCAUGUGUACAUAGAUUUACAUAAGCUACCAGUUAAAUUUAAAUCUAAGUAGCUUUCCAGAUGUCGCUUUUUAUUCUGUUUUAUUUCUUAUUUCUUAUGAUUUUUCCACAAUUUAAAUACAUACCUGUACACCAUUUUCAGAUGGAUGAGGCAAGCAAGCCCAUGGAAGCCCAUAAGGCUUAUGAAAAGGACCACGUUUAAAAAUAUAUGACUAAAUUAUGAAAUAAAACACUUGCAGAAAAUUCUAAUCUGUAGAUCUUAGUUUCUGACUUUUAGCUGUCUUGGCAGAGGGUUAAUUAGCAAAAAUUGCUAUUAUUUUCAUAGAGUCCAGCACGAGCACUGAAGUUAGAGGCAGGGAAAGAAAAUCCAAACCUAACAGACAACUGGGAUGAUGCAGAUGGAUAUUAUAGUACGAUUGUCUUUUUCUAUUCUUUCUUUUCUUAACUCCUUAAUCCCAACUAAUUUUGGGCAUGAAAUUCUUUCUCGGUUUCCAGUUUGGGUACAAAGUAAUUUUACACUUGGAAAAAGCUGUCCAAGUGUUGUCAUCCAAAUUUUGGGAGACAUUUGUUUAAAUUGUCAUUGAUGCGUAAGUAGUAUUAACUUUUUCACUUUUUAGUCAUAAUUGGAGGACUCUAUGCAAAGUGUCCUCUUCAAAAAAAACUUACGUGAGCCAGAGGGCAUUUUUGCUUGGAGCCCUGUUGAAUGUAAAAUUAAUACAAACAAUUUCUUUGGUGCAUUUUCUUCCAGGAAUUCGCAUUAGUGAAGUUCUCGACAAGCGUUAUUGUGUGUAUGGAUACACUGGGGCAGGAGUGUUUGGUAAUGUUGUACGUGCGAGAGAUCAAGCCCGGGGAAACCAAGAGGUUGCUGUGAAAAUCAUCAGGAAUAAUGAGAUGAUGUAAGGCAUUUUUUAUGGUUUGUGAAAUGCCUGAUGCUAGAAUUCUUAGUUCCUGCACAAGGUUCUUUGUUCACUUCUAACUGAAUAUGUGUGGAAAACCCUUCUGCACUUUUGUCAAGACAAAGCUGUGACUAUUUCUUGUCUGCUUAGAUGACUCUACCUACAACAGAAAGUGUCAAAAUUGACCAAUCGGAGGGUGUAAAAGAUUCCAGAAUGGCUUCCUCUGAAAAAGAUUUUCAUGGGUUUUAUUCACUGCUCUCCCCAGUCGCUCCUCCUUUUUUAUUUAGCUCCAUUCCAUUUUUUGCCCAUGCUCCACUAUCUGAAUAGGCCAUUUGCACUAAGAUGCAUGUGACAUCGUUUUUAUGAAAAUGAAAGUUGCAUGAUUUUGCCUUUGAAAAACGAUUAGUGGGUCAUAUCUUAAACAAAAUAAUAGUGAUUUGGUUUUUCAAACCCGUACCAUUUUCUUAAAAUGAAUAAGUUCAUAAAUGGUCAUGUGACCAAAAUGAGAUUUUUAAAAUUAUGAAUUACCUCUCUCUGAACACAAAUUUUGCGCUUAAACUUCAAGGAAAAUGUUGAAAAGAUGAUGUGAUUUAGCUAUGAAACGUUGAACAAGAUAUAAGCAAAAGUAGUUUUGGCCGCCAUGUUGGAGGGCAAGAGCAUUUUUCAACAUGGGGGCCAAUACAAAUCAUACUACUUUGCUGAAAAAUUUAAAAAUAUCCAUGUUUUUUCUCUCAAAUUUCACAUGUAAGAUAAUUUUCUGAAUUUUGGCAUCAGCAAGAUUCCAACAUUGUAUAAAGGCAUUGUGACUCUUUAAGGCCUAUUUGGAACAGGGUAGACAAAUUACAUCAAGUCCAUUGUUUUUCUUUUGUGUGAACUAUCAAGCCAUAGGUGUGAACAAUGUGUGGAUUAAAUCCUUACUAAUAGUUUUUACAGUGUGCAGUGUAUACUGUACUCAGAGGCAUGUUAGUUUGGACCUCAACCCUUCAAGCCCCAAUAUCAAUUCACAAAUUCUUCAGACUGAUCUCCAUUCAUUUUCUUAAGGAAUUGGUUGAGAGAAUUUGUGUGAAGAUCAAACCAUUUUCUCUUAGGUGAUCAUUUGGCUAUUCUCAUAGCCUUUACUAUUGAAAGUCAAUUGAUAUUGCAAGGAGAAGAUUGAUUUUGGUCACUCUCAGGACAGAAAGGGUAAAGAGAGAGGCACAGCAUGUAUAUAAAAACAAUGAAUAUUUUAUUGGAUUUUUUUUUGUAUCCAUUUUAGGCACAAAACUGGCCUUAAAGAGUUGGAAUUUCUAAAGAAGUUGAAUGCCUCUGAUCCAGAUGACAAAUACCACUGCUUGCAAUUGUUUCGACAUUUCUUUCACAAGAAUCAUCUUUGUCUUGUGUUUGAAUCACUCAGGUUAGUAAUACUUUUGACUUUUUAGGUUUUCUUUAGUGUCAAGGCUGUGCCUAACACAAGGAGUGCAAGUCUUAUCUUGCUGGCCAGUGGUGUUGCAAGAUGUGCAUGCUCCAGGAUCCCACCACAGCACACACAGCAUUGCAAUGUUGGAACAAUGUUGUGACCAUUCCAGACAAUGUCACAACAAUGUUGCAAUGCUAUGUUGCACUAAAAAAUGUUGUUGUGAAUCGUCUUGUGUUACAUCACCUUAAGAGACCACUCUGAAUCUUGUUUGAUGGUUUCUUUUAUCUCUCAGUAUGAACUUAAGGGAAGUGUUAAGAAAGUAUGGUCAGAAUGUUGGUUUACAUUACAAAGCAGUGCGAUCGUAUAGUCAGCAGCUGUUCCUCGCUCUGAAGCUUAUGAAAAAGACAGGUAUCAUCCAUGCUGAUAUUAAACCUGACAACAUCCUGGUAAGGAAAAACGUUUGUAAUAACGAAGUGUAAUAUUCCAUUUUUACUAGUCUGUGUACAGACGCCCCCCUCCCCCUCAGAAACAGAGGGGGGUGGGGGUGUAUGUACACAGGCUACAUUUUUACCAGCUUUUUUAACUUGUCAUGGGAAAUCUGGAAAGUCAUGAAAUUAAGAUUUUCAUUUUCCAGGCUUGGAAAGUGCUGUAAUUUAAUUGCUUGUCCUGGGAAAUCAUGGAGAAUUAAAUAUUUGGUAAAUGUAGAUUAGUUGCUGCAGAUUUCAAAGCAAGGAAAAUGUAACAUAGAGAUGGGUAAUUAAACAGCAUGAAUGGCAUGCAUUUUGAUGGACAUCAGAGUUUGUGCCUUUUGAACUGUGUUAGAUCAAAAGAUACCCUAGGGUUUUGAAAAUAAUACUUUCGAAAGUGACAGCCAAACCAUAGGUUAUGGAAAACGAAAGGGUCAUGGAAAAAGUCAUGGAAAGUUGUGGAAAUUUGAAAAGCUCAAAAGAGUAUGAAACCUGGAGUCCGUGUUUGAUUAGGGCAAGGGAUAUCUAGAAGUUGUUUAGGUCAUUUUUGAGUCCUAAAUAAUUCCUUGUUAAAUAAUUAUUAUUCAUGUCUUUUCUAUAGGUGAAUGAAUCUAAACUGGUGGUAAAACUAUGUGAUUUUGGAUCAGCCUCAUUUGCUUCUGAUUGUGAUAUUACUCCUUACCUAGUCAGUCGUUUCUACAGAGCCCCAGAGAUAAGUAAGUUGUUCUGAAUGCUUUUUAGAUCUUGGCUAUUUUCUACAAUCCGUUAUUGUUUCAGGGCUUGUUUGUGCAACGCACGUGAGCCGAAGAAAAGUGGUUAACCUUUCAGGUUUUAAAUUUUAUUAACUUUGAAAAAUGGGGACCUCACUGUUACUUAAAUUUUGCUCAUCCAUGCUUUCUUUUUGCUUUGCUGGAUUAAAUUUUCUCUUAGUCCAUUCUCUUUUUCAGUUUGAAGAAGUAAUAGUUUUGAUACUUCAGUCAACAGUGGCAUUGUUUUGUCAAAUUAUUAGUGUCACUUAGAUCUAGUAUUGGGUGUUUCAGUUCCUAACAUACUGACAGUUUUUUCUUUGUUUAUUUUUUUUUUCUGUUAGUUAUUGGAGCAAAAUAUGACUACAACAUAGACUUGUGGUCUGUGGCAACAACAUUGUUUGAGCUGUAUACUGGAAAGAUAAUGUUUUCAGGGAAAACCAACAAUGAGAUGCUGAAAUUGAUGAUGGAUUAUAAAGGUAAAAUGCCCAACAAAAUGAUCCGAAAAGGAGCACUGCGGGAAAGCCAUUUUGAUGAAAACUGCAACUUUCUGUACCAUGAAGUGGACAAGAUCACUCAGAGGGUGAGAUUGAUUGCUUUUCCAGAUAGUAAUUUAAUCUCCAUUGAGUGAACUCUCAGUUUCUUCAACCUCCCGUAUAACUGAAUCUACCCCUCCCCAGUCAAAGACUGGAAUAUUAUAUCUCAGACCUUUUCCUUUUUCCCCCUGGAGGAUGAAUAAAUUAGGGUUCUUACAGUCUGUAAGUUCUUUGAGGACAAACAAAGUCACACAAAGUGCUGAUACAUGAUAUUCGUGUUACAGUUUUUUGAAAAAAAAAACUGAAAUUUUAGUCCGUCAUUUUUAUUUGUCUGCAGUUGCUUGCUUGUUUUAUUUUGCGUUAUCAUGUUAAGUUGACUUGCCUUGGCUUGCCCUUUAAGUGAGUAUGAAAAGGGAAAAUCUACCUUUCCCAGGUGACCAGACAGGACUUUCCUCAAGGCCUGUACUACAUGCACUGUAUAUGAAGUCCUAGAAAUGAGUGAAAAAAAGGUUACUAACAUUAUUAUUAUUCAGAAUGGACUUUUGAAGUAUUUUCUACGUGUGAUGUGCUGUGUAUAUUGUUGUGUGGUGAGACAAAAACAGUGGUUUUAGCAGUUCUAGUGGUUGGAUGUAGUCAUUAUGAUGUUCACCUGUUCUCUAGAAUAAUGGUUCCAAAAGAACAUCAAACCAUAGUAUGAUUUCACCUCAAUGGUACAUCUCGUAUGCUUUUUGUACAGUUUUUGCAUAGUGUACAGAUUAUGCCAUCUGUUGCAUAACCUGUUCACUGUGCAAAUUCGCCACUUUAGAAAUGAGAAGGAAAAACUAGGCCGAGUUAACUUUCAUAAAGACGUCUGGCACUGUUACUGGGGACAAGUAAAAAAUAUUGGCCAAUAGCUGACUGAUGUAUCCCCAUUGAUGAUCCCAGAAGUGAAAAUUAACUCGGCCCAGUUGAAUCUUUCUUGUUUCUAAUGUGGUGAGUAGAUCUGCGUCGGUGAAACAGGUAGAAAACUACAUGUGGGCAACUGUUUUUGCCUUCCCAUCUUCAAGACAAAUGAUAAAGUUGCAUCAAAACCAGUCGCACAACAUUUUUUAAACCUUCUGAAUUAUUCUGAGCAAAACAUGGCAUACUGUGUAAUAAUAUUGAAGGAAAAAUGGUAAUUCAUUGUGAGUAUCAACUCAGUUGGCAAUUAAACCCUUUUACUCCUCCACUGAUGUAGAAACUAACUCCUUCAUCCAUAUUAACCCUUCAAGUCCAAAUAUUGACCAAGAUCAAUUUCUCCAAACAAUAAAGUAUCAAUUCAUAAUCAAGAGAAAAGCUUAUGCUUUGAUCUAUUAUCAAAUUCUCAACUAAUUCUUUAAGGGAAUGUGUGAAGAUCAGUAUGGAGAAUUUGUAUGUGAAUAUUGAAGCUCAAAGGGUUAAGAGCUUUGUUGGCUGCACUCUUUUAUUGAUGUUCUAAACUCUUUCUUCCAGGAAAAGAUCACUGUAAUGGGCUCAAUAAAUCCUACAAAGGAAGUGGUGGAAUCUUUGUUGGGCUACAAAAAGCUGAACGAGGAACACAAACGCAAAGUUAUGCAGCUGAAGGAUCUGCUAGACAAGUGUCUCAUGUUGGAUCCAGCCAAGAGGAUCUCACUUAAUCAAGCUCUUACACAUCCAUUCAUCACAGAAAAGGUUUGA